CCACCAGAGGGCGAACUCGCCACGCACGUACUUUAUUCAUGCCUACCAAGCUUUAACACGAAGCGAAGAAGAAAGUCAUUAACUUAUUGAAUUGAGUUCUCAAAGGGCAUAAACACGCCUCUUUAUCGCGACGCGCGAGUUUUAAAAUAUAUUUAACGUUCGUUUCAACUUUAAUAUAGAUCUUUCGUAGCAAUGAAGAUUCUGCUCGACGUGAUGAACAGAAACAGCGACAUGUUUGUUUUGUUACCGUUAGCAUGCUAGCUCAUAUCCUAGCGGUUAGCUUUGGCCAAAUAUUUCACUGCUGGGAAAUAAAAUGUCUAUUUGGCGAGCUUUGGUGGACUGUAUCGUGUUGUCUCUCCAAGAUGCUUGUGUGUUUUAUCCGUGCUGUCGAAGCUGCUUCGCCAAAAUGGACGUUAUGGCGCAGGACAGAGCAAGCAGAUAUAGAUGUCCCAAGUGUGGUCACAGCUGUUUUAAAGAAGAACUGGAGUACAGAUAUCGCCUCUCUCUGAGAGUGACCAGAGACAGAAGAAUAUUUGGAGUCACAGUAUUUGGCAGCUGCUUGAACCCGUUCUUUGGCGUCCAUGCAACUGAGUUUCAAAGGAUGGUGGAGAACUUGGACGGACCAUCUGAGGCGUCAGCCAGAUCCAAAUUGCUGGUGAAGGCGUUAGAGGACUGUUUCAUUGGCAGACAUCUUAUUUUUGGAAUGAAGGUGACAGAUUCUCAAAGUUGUCCAUGGUCAGCAGAUCAUGUUCCAGGUGGUUCCGAUCAUAAGGGCAUGGCCCAGUUCACUGCCACUCAGAUGAUUGUCCCCAAAGCCACAGGCAUGGAGGGCUGCUCCGUCAUUCGCUACUAUCAACUGCUUCUACGGAGAGCUGCAGAACAGCAGCAGGAAUCUGCUGAUCCCAACAAGUCCUACACAAUCCCCACCACACCCUUGAUUUCUCAAGAUUCACCAGCCAACGGCUUCAAUGGUGUCACACUUUCUCGCCUUCUGCCACACUCACUGCAAAGAUCACAGCCCCAUGACGGCUCCCUCACUCCCACGCCGCCAUGGCAACAAUCACUGGGACUAGUUACUUCAUCUGCCGAGAAUGAGGAGGACAAAGAUGAAAACAAGCCAACAGCUUGUACGAUAGGGAAAGGCCACACUGUGAACCAUGACACCACUGAGGAAAAAGGCUCCUCUCUCUUCUCAAAGAGUUCAUCAUUUGCCGAUGAUUCAUCAGUGAAAAACAUCCUGAACUGUUUGAAUCCCUCAUCAUGUCCGCAGCUCAGCUCUAAGGGCAAAGCCUCUCCACAACCGGACGAUUCAUUCACAUCGACAUCCUUAGCAUGGGAGGAUUUGCCUCUUUCUGAGAGUCUGGAACAGUUUUUGAGUGAGGGUGACCGAUAUGUUUAUCCGGGUGACACAAAGGCAUCAGGAAUUGGGUCAAGAGUGUUGACGGACAUCACCAACAUCUCAAGUGUACGGUCAUCUGAUGGUGACACUGAAGAGCAAGAGGACGCCUACAGUUUUUCACAGGACCUGUUUAGUUUAAGCUCAGCACUCAACACUCAAGAGGAAGCGCUGCCAGGUUUGAACCCUCAAGAGCUACAGACCCGUCACUCUGUUAAUAGAAUCAUUCCAGAAGCUCCGACAUCUGCUGGAGACACAGUGACUCCACUUCUUGACUUUAGCCCAUCCUCUCAAUCCACUCCCAUUGUAAAGGUCGACAUAUUGUCAUCCUCCACCACAUACUACUCCAAAAGGCGUACCAGGAAACGCCACUCCACAAUCCUGAAAACCCGUGAAUGUGACUCAUGUGUGUGGAACAUGCCACUGAGCCAAUUGGAACACAGCGAAGAGCUCAUCCCCCCCACUCCUGCUGGGAUAAACGUCAAGGCAGUUUGCUCUCAGCAAGAAAUGCCACCUCGUGGGCUACACUGUAAAAGAAUCCUGUUGGCUCCAAAAACAGAGAUUGUGACCCACAGUCUUCCAUCUAAAAAUGAUGCAGGAAGCUGUGAUAGUAAUGAGAAGACUCCUAUUCACUCCAUGGCCGAGGAGGAAGCAUGCGAUUGGUCCAGAGAUCUGUUCUCAGAUUCUGUCUGAAAGAUUCUGAAUUUUUAAUGGGUGAAUGUGAGUGUGAAUGAUUAUUUGUUUAUAUUUGCCCUGCCAGGGUGUACACCACCUCGCCCAAAGUUUGCUGGGAUAGGCUCCAGCAUACGGAUAAGCGGUAUCGCAAAUGGAUGGAUGGAUGGUUUUAAAGUAGAACACUAUGCAUUCCAUGAGGCUGGAUUCCUCAUAUUUGUAAUGAAUUUCCUCAUAGGUAAAAAUGAAAAUGAGAUGAAACGGCACACAUUUCCAUCUAUUGUCAUGCCGCUUUAAAAUAUCAUAUUUUUUAGCAAAUGAGAGUCCAAUGCAAAGAAAGUAAAAGUUAUAUCUAUAUCUAUUUUUCUGCCUACAGACGACUAUGAAUGAAGAGUGAGCAUAUUUUCAGCAGAUUUGAACAAUAAUUAUGAUUUAGUUCAUACUAUAAGAAAUGUAUGUACAAUUUCUUAUCUGUUCCAGAGUCAGACUUUGGCCAUUAUGAUAACAUUAUGAACUUCACAGAUAAUGUGUUGUGUAAUGUUUUAACAUUUUUAACUGCCAUACAAGUGUAAAAAUAAGAUGGAAAAACUGUAAAGCACUGAAGUUUUAAUUAGCGAUGACUGAUGUGUAUCUCACUUUUUAACAUUCUUUUUAGUCAAAUGUAAAAUGUGUAUAUUUUGUCCACCUUUGGGGUGGCCCAUCUGCUUGAAUGUCACAAAAAAUCAAAAUAAUUAGAUUUUCUUUGAAAUGAC